GCCAUCUUUCUCACACGCCGCACCGUAGCGAACAGUUGAAUCAACGAAGAAGAAAUCUCAAUCCGCAGAUUCAAUGGCAACCAACGAACCCGAGCACGAGAACAGAGACGUCGAAGAAUCCGGAGCCAACGAGGACGAAGACACCGGAGCUCAGGUCGCUCCGAUCGUUAGGCUUGAGGAGGUUGCGGUGACUACCGGUGAGGAAGACGAAGACGCCGUCCUCGAUCUGAAAUCGAAGCUGUAUCGGUUCGAUAAGGAAGCGAAUCAGUGGAAGGAGAGAGGUGGCGGGACUGUGAAGCUCUUGAAGCAUAAGAGCACUGGGAAGAUUCGUCUUGUUAUGAGGCAAUCGAAGACUUUGAAGAUCUGUGCUAAUCAUUUCGUUAAGCAAGGCAUGUCUGUUCAGGAACACGUUGGAAACGAAAAGUCGUGUGUGUGGCACGCUCGUGAUUUCGCCGAUGGAGAACUCAAGGAUGAGCUUUUCUGUAUCCGAUUUGCUUCUAUUGAGAACUGCAAAGCCUUUAUGCAGAAGUUCAAUGAAGUUGCUGAAUCUGAAGUGGAGAAAGAAGAGAGCAAAGAUGCCUCUGACACCGCUGGUCUCCUUGAGAAGUUGACUGUGGAAGAAACAAAAGCAGAGGAGAAAUCUGUGGAGAAGGUGAAGCCUGAAGUGGAAGAAGAGGAAAAGAAAGAAAGCGAGCCAGAGAAAGCUGGUGAAUUAAAGAAAACCGAAGAGGCUGCUCCCUCGACUUAAGAUGCAUCAAUGUUUAAGCUCCUUUGGCGAGGUAUUAGUAGCCUAUAAGUGUUUCGAUGCAUCCAUCUCGAGUCUACUAGUGUCAUAUGUUUUGUCGGUUCAUAUCAAGUGUUUGGGGGAUCGCUUGAGGUUGGGUUUUGCUGAGUGGUUUUGGGUUUUAUAGUUUUGAGUCGAAAACGUGGGUGAGUGAUCAAUGUUUGGUUAUCAGAAAAAGUACAUUGAAUUCAUUGUUUUAAGGGUUUUUUAUGGAUUGUUUUUGGAUGGUCUUAUUUUGAGGAUAGAGAUGGUUGUUUUUUCUUGGACAAGAGUCAGAAGUCUUCAUUUCUUUGGAUUACAAAUUAUAUGCAUGUUGAUUUUAAUCUAUUAAUCUUUUUGUUCUCG